AUGUCUAUCAUUAACAGAAAUAUUAAGGUCGCGCUACUUCAAUUCUAUACCGGCUCCGACAAACAGGCCAACUUACAGAAAGUGAGGGAAUUUGCGGCAAAGGCUCUUGCGAAAGAGCCAGCUCUUGACUUACUGGUUUUGCCAGAGUGCUUCAAUUCUCCAUAUGCUGUUGAUCAAUUCAAGAAUUAUUCCGAACCAAUACCAUCAGGGGAAACAACUAAGUUUCUAUCUGACCUUGCCAGAGAGUAUAAUGUCAAUAUCAUAGGAGGAUCAUUCCCUGAACUAGGCUCCGAUAACAAAAUCUACAACACCUCUCUCACUUUUGAUAAGAGGGGAGAGAUUGUUGCGAAGCACAGAAAGGCUCACUUGUUCGACAUAGACAUUCCUGGCAAAAUAACUUUCAAAGAGUCUAUAUCCUUAGCACCAGGAGACAAAGCCACUGUUUUCCAAUUGGACAACUUGUGUAAAAUUGGUCUCGGAAUAUGCUAUGACAUCAGGUUUCCAGAGCUGGCAAUGAUUGCAGCGAGACAAGGUGCUGGAAUUAUGUGCUACCCAGGAGCUUUCAAUACAGUCACGGGUCCUAAGUUUUGGACAAAGUUUGCGGUCGCUAGAGCUAUUGAUAACCAAGUAUACAUUUUGAUGUGUUCUCCUGCAAGAAACGUUGAAGGUGGUGGGUACCAAGCUUAUGGACACUCCAUGGUGGUUGAUCCAAAUGGGGACGUUCUCGUGGAAGCGGGACAUGGCGAAGAAAUUGUCUACUGCGAACUUAAACCGGAAGUUCUUGACGAGGCCAGAAAAAACAUUCCAAUUACCCUGCAGCGCAGAUUCGAUAUCUACCACGAUGUUUCGAAAGAUGCUGUGGCCAAAGCCAUAUAAUGAUCCUCGGUGAAUUGAGAUUACGUAACUCGGCUUUUAGAUUCUUGAAAAAUAAAAGUCGAUCUCGAAGACGCUUAGUGAUUAGUAGAGUGCAUCGUCAAGAUGUUGAGACAGGUUUGUGUACCAAGACGGUUUUACUCCCUAAAAAGGCCUCUGGAACGAGUUCCUACGUGUCCUGAACCAGAAAUCGAUACAGGAUGUACAUAUUGUAAAAUACCAACCUUUCCAAAGAACAAGCAGCUGGAUCAUACAAAACCCAUAGCCAAUACAAAAUCAAAUCCUUGGAAACACUUGAUUGUGAUGUCUGGUGAUCCUGAUUACAAAAACUGGCCCAGCAGAUUUGAGACUUCCCCGGGGACAAUCAUAUCGGAAAUCCAAGCUCACAAACGGAAAGUGCUGGACCCAUUUCAUCCAGUGCUCACCAGCAUGACGACAUUGCAGGAGCAACCGGUUACGCAAGGUAAUACAGUGAUUGGCAUAUACCCGGAUGGUCUUAGGGUGGAAGUGUCUCCAGACAAGGUGGAAGAAUUUUUAAUCGGAUAUCUCAGCACAAUACCCGAUAAUCUUGACCAGGAAGACUCACGGCUCGUGGCAAAAAUGCAGCAAGAUUUCAGGGCCCAGUUUCCAGCUCAAAAGCUAGAUCAGGAUCUGGUGUUGAUCUGUGGUCAUUUAAAAAGAGAUAUCAGAUGCGGGGAACUGGCUCCAUUAAUCGCACAAGAAUUUGAGAAGGUUCUAAAACUGCAUGGCGUUGAGAAUACUAAAUUGGGAAUGAUCUCACAUAUCGGAGGACAUGUUUACGCAGGAAAUGUACUCAUUUUUAAGCGCAAUGGCGAUGUCAUAUGGUAUGGAAGGGUCUUACCGCAUCACGUCCAAGGCAUUGUCAAGCUGACCCUACUCGAAAAUAAACUGAUCGAAGAAC